CUGUCUUCUCACAGCCUCCGAGUCAGUGGUCAUAUUUGCUUUGCAGGGGAGGUGGCGCUUCUAGAUAGCCAAUAAACAGUGAGGAUCGUUGCAAAGUCUGGGCUCGGGGAAAGCACAGUCUGGCUGCAUUCCAAAGAGAAAUGAGGCCGCCUAAGUAAUAAUCGCCUGGCUCGCUCGCUCUCUCCUAGAUUCCUGCCUCCCCUGCGUCACAAUUCCUCUCGAACGUUUCCUGGAUCCGGACCACUUUCUCGCUGUCGCCGCGCCACACGCCCCGCUCUGCGGAAGCCCCUCCUUGCGGGGGCUGGGCGGGUCUGACCCGGCCGAAGGCGGAGCUGGCUGCAGGAGGCAGGCGGCUGAAACCCUCCUCGGAGUGGAGCACCGGGCAUAGCGUCACGCCGCUGCGCGUUCCCCUGCUGCUGCUCAUGUGCUUCCGAGGAGGAGGAUGGCUGAGGCAAGGGAUGCCGCCGUCACCGGCGCCGCGGUCACUCCACCGCUGGGACGCAAUCGAGCCCGGGGGGAGCUGGGUGGCGGCACUCAGGCCUCGCAGCGGCUCCUGGCCUAUAGCGACGCGCUGCUCUCCAUCAUCGCCACCGUCAUGAUUUUGCCUGUGGCCCAUACAAAGAUACAGCCAGAUCAGAAAUUCAAUGAAAGUGUUCAGCAACUCCUAGCCACCAAAAUUGCUGUUUAUCUGAUGACUUUUUUAAUAGUAACGGUUGCUUGGGCAGCUCAUGUCAGACUUUUUCAAGUGAUUGAACUCAUAGAUGAUGUGCUUGCCCUUCUAAACUUGGCAUGUAUGAUGAUCAUCACCUUCUUGCCAUAUUCGUUCUCCUUGAUGGCCUCCUUUCCAGAUGUGUCAUUUGGCAUUUUCAUGUUUAGUAGCUGUUCUGUUAUAAUUGGCCUCAUCCAGGCAAUGAUUGUAUUGUACAGCUUCCACCAUCCAUAUUUACUUAAUCACCAAAUACAGGUGUCUGAUAACCAGGCAUUUUAUAAAUCUCAUAUCCUGAAGAUUAUUCUAAGAGGACCAACGCUUAGCUUUUUUGCUGCCAUCUUCUCAUUUUUCUUCAUCCCAUUGUCAUACGUGUUCCUAGGGCUCGUUAUAUUUUUCCCACAUCUCGGCCACUUAACCAAAUGGUUUAAAAGCAAGGUUCUCGGUCAAGAAGAGGAGAUGCCUCUAGAGUCUUUUACUUUUUAUCUCUCUGAACCACUUAGUAAGGAACGAGUAGAAGCCUUCAGUGAUGGAGUUUAUGCAAUUGUAGCCACUCUGUUAAUUCUGGAUAUAUGUGAAGAUAAUGUUCCUGAUGCGAAAGAAUUUAGAGAGAAAUAUCAUGGGAAUCUCAUCAAGGCUUUGAGUGACUAUGGUCCAAAUUUCCUCGCCUACUUUGGCUCUUUUGUGACUAUUGGCCUUCUCUGGUUUGUCCACCAUUCACUCUUCCUCCAUGUGACAAAAGCAACGCGACUGAUGGGUGUCCUUAAUACCCUUUCCUUGGCUUUUAUCGGGGGUCUGCCGCUUGCUUACCAGCUGACCAGUGAGUUUGCAGAGAAGUCGCACAAUGAAAUUGAAGCCAUCCAGGUCAGCUGCGUUACCAUUUUUUUUGCGAGUAUCUUUCAGUUCAGCAUAUGGACAGCUGCUCUGUUCCAUGAACGGGAAACACUACAUCCUUUUGCUAGAUAUGGAGGCAAAGAACAUGCCUUUAUGUUCGCCAAACUCGCUCUCUACCCUUGCAUUAGCCUUGCGACCUUCUUCCUUACAUGCAUUCUAAGUGAGCUGAGUACAGCAAUCUUUCAUGUCAUGCAGAUAAUCAUCCCAUUUGCAUUCCUGGUGCUGCGCAUCCUUGUCAGAAUUAGCUUGGUGGUGUUCAAGUCUCUGUCCAGACCAAGGAACAAUGUGCCAGAAGAAGAGGAAGCCUGUUUGUCUCCUGCCGAAACACUGUCAUAGUUUCCCCUGCACUUUGCUUGGAAUACUGUGGCACUGGUAUAACUGAACAGAUCUGCUUUCCUGAUCCCAAGCCACAGCUGGUUAUAUUCAGCCUUGAAUCACCUUAGGUCCCUUUGUUCAUGAAACGUCAGUGUUACCUGUAUAAAGGCUUCAGAUGCAAAUCCAGGGACAGGAAGUCAUCAGAGCCGUCUUUUGCUUGCAGACCGGCUUUAGGGUCAGUCAGGCUAAGCUGAUACUUUAUCAGCUGGCCAGUCUCCAUUCUUUUGGCUGGGAAUGGUUAUGCAGGAAGAGGAGGAAGUUUGAGGGGACAAUUGUCUCUCUGUGUGUUGCUGAACAACGUCAGGGUGGCAGUUGUCCUACCCAGUAAAGGUGAUUAGCCUCCCUCUCCCGACUUCUUGUCCCUUUCUCCCAAGGCUGUUCUGCUCAGCUGGGAUAUGCCGUCAUCUAGGCCUUGGUUCCUGGAUAUUACUGUUAGCUUGAAACAAGAUCUGUUGGUACCUUUUGUUUGAUGCAGCUUCUCCAUGAAAAGCUAGCAAUUAUGCUUCUCAGAAAAUCAGUAGUGUCAUCUUGAAAAGCAUUACAAGGGCCAGCUUUCGUAUAGGUUCUGUUCAUUCUUGUUCCCUGCACUUUACUAUGAAAAUAAAAUGCCAUUUGUGAUUUGAGUGGCUUAUGAUGCUUCAGUAACCUGUACUUGACUGAUCAUUGUGUGUUUUAGGGGUAAUGCACUAUAUUGUAUAAUGAAAUUCAAAUGAAGACCUGAUGCUUCCUUAAUGCUCUUUGAUCCCUUGUUUUAUACAUUUGUUAAUUUAAAAUGAGUUGAAUAUCUAAUUUUAUUUUUAAUUAAAUAAAAUGCUGUGUUUACAGUUA